AUGACCGACAUUGAGGAGCUCUACAUUGACAACGGCUCCUCAAGCAUGGACGACAUGGUCAACGCCCAGACUGGGCCCCACGCCACGCAUCGAGUUGCUACCGGCCACCUCCGGCCGGCACCACCACCGCUCGCCUCGGCGCAAGAACCACCACCGCGCCGCCGCACCUGCCUGGACCCGGCCCCGCCUCCUCACCUUGGCCGGCCGCGCAGCCUGCUCAACUUCCACGCGCGCAGCAAACCAUCACCGGCCGGCCCCACUCCACCUCACCGCAGCAAGCCGCUCGCGCUGCCGCUCGCCUCCCUCGCCCCACCCGCGCCGCCAGCUUCCGCUCAGGCACCAUCGACCCGCGCCCCUGCAUCGCUCAGGUUCCGCUCCCCUCCGCGCGCCAGCACGUUCCCGCGUUGA